AUGGCUCCCGCGGUGAAGAAGCCCCUGAACGUUUUCAAGCUUGGCAAUACAGGCCUACCACCGCAGGUCUUCAACUGGAGACUAUGGUUUGCAGUUGUCAACUUCGGCCUCCUCGGUGCGGCUCGCGGUUUGGACGAAGGUCUCAUUACCGGCGUCUUCAACUCCAAGGGGUUUCAAGAACUUUUGCACCUCGGCAACUACUCGAAAGCCGAGCAAGCAAACAUCAAAGGCAACGUUUCUGCCAUGACAUUGAUUGGCUGUGUUCCUGGCUCUAUCAUCGCUUACUUUGCCUGCGAUAGAAUCGGCCGUCUCUGGACGGUGCGUGAGGUGUGCUUAGUUUGGCUGAUUGGAAUUACCAUUUUCAUGGCGAAUCAAGGUCACUUGGGCGCAGUCUAUGCCGGAAGAUUCAUCGUUGGACUCGGCAUGGGACAGAUUCCUGUGGUGGGACCAAUCUACAUCGCAGAAGUUGCACCGGCGCCCAUUCGAGGUCUCUGUACCUGCUCCUCUACGGCCCUUGGGUACCUGAUCUUGGUCAUUGCCUACUUUGCCAACUACGGCGCGCGUCUACACCUAAAUGGCACCAACGCUCAAUGGGUAAGCCUCAACAUCACAGAGCCUCCGCUGUUUACAACCGCUAAGUAUCCUCUUCAGCAAAUACCAAACAGCCUCAAUUUCAUAUUUGCAGGCGUCAUCUUACUCAUGUCCUUCUUCCAAACCGAGACGCCUCGAUUCUACGUCAAACAAGGAAAGCCUGGGCUUGCGGUCAAAGCCAUGGCACGCUUUCGCAACCUGCCACCAGAUGAUCCUUAUGUACUUGAGGAGAUGUCUGCCGUCCAAUCCCAUUGGUUGGCGGAAUCCGAAACGACCAAGGGACAAGGCGCAAUUGGGCUCGCUAAAGAGAUCUUCCUUGUCCCGAGCAACUUGUAUCGGCUUUAUAUCGGCGUGAUGGGUCAAAUCCUCUCUCAGUGGUCUGGCGCGGGCUCUAUAACUCUUUAUGCCGUGGACCUCUUUAACGUUGUUGGCGUCCGCGGCCAGGAGGAAUCGCUUCUCAUUUCAGCAGUCUACGGAAUCGUUAAGUUUAUAGCCGCCUUGAUAUGUUUGUUAUUUCUUGUCGAUGUUGUUGGGCGAAAGCGGUCCCUACUCGCUGGCAUCACUCUCCAGGCCAUCAGCAUGAUUUACGUGGCCGCUUUCCUGUCCAGCACCCCGCAGCUAGGUGUGGACAAGCACUUUGAAGUACCUGCGUCAAAACGCGGCGCCAGUCUGGCGGCCAUCGUCAUGAUUUUCUUCAGCGGGUUCGGCUGGGCGCUCGGGUGGAGCAGCAUGCAGUACCUUUUGACGGCCGAGCUGUUCCCGCUCCGGAUCCGGGCGGCAUGCACGUCGCUGAUCAUGGUUGCGCAUUUUGCCAACCAAUAUGGCAACGGACGCGCUGUUCCAAACAUGCUGUUGCCGUUGGGUGAAGGAGGCAUCAAUCCGAGCGGCACGUUCUGGACGUUUGCCGCUGUCACGGUUGCGGGUGGGAUCUGGGUGGUCUUUACUAUUCCUGAGACGGCUGGCCGCACGCUGGAGAGCAUGGAUCGACUAUUCCAGUUGCCAUGGUAUAAAAUUGGCCUUAGGGGUAACGAUGAUGCUGCUAUGCGGGACGAGGCGGAGACUAGGGAGGAGAAGGUAGUAACUUAG